AUGGUAAAGAAACAUAAGAAAAAGAAGGUUAAUCAAACCGCGAUGAAGGCGAGCUCGCCUGCAGUGCCCGAGGAGGUGCUUAAGGGGGCGCCUGAGGUCCCUGAGGUACCUGACGAGGAACUUCCAGAAAUCGAUUACAAUCAACCGUCUUCUUCCAAACUCUACGGUAUUCCAGAGUAUUAUGUUCGCCAGGUGCCUCAGCUAUCCAAUAAAUUGUCUGCUUGGGACUCAAAAAUCACGCUCUUGGGCAUUCACGAGGAUAUUGGUCAUACCUUUGUGCAUUUUCUGUACUCGGGCUCUUACGAGACAAUAAUCUCGCCGCUUGGUCGAGGCGUGGACUGUAUUGCGAGAGAAUACCGAAGAAGCGUUCUAGUGUACGAGGCAGCCAGGACUUACGAUAUCCCCGAUCUUGAGGCUCUUGCUAGAAAGUAUAUCGAGCAUUUCGGCAAAGCCUUGUCUUUUUUCGAUAUUCUGCGGACAAUCAAAGAGGUGUUCUCAAAGCUUCCAGAAGAUGAGAGUUGGGUUCCCCUUUACGUCAAACAGAAACUGAAACAGUCCUUCCUCAUUGAUGAAUCUAUCUUCACUGACGACGAGUUCUUUGGCAUAUUGGGAGAAGACCGUUACUUUAGUAACACUGUUUUCAAGAUGAUUAUUGAUAUAUACUCCACCCGUCUGCAACUCUUGGAAAGCCCGCCUACCCACAAGAGUUCAAUUAAUGGACAUAUGGACAUGGAGCGAAUCGGUUCAGAAUCCCCGGCAGCGAGACAUGGCGAUGAUGAAUAUCCUGCACUGUAUGAAGUACGCAAAGAAUCUCCAUCCGAAGAAGCUUCUAUGGAUGAUUCCCCGCCAGUUGAGCCAUACCCGGUCGAGUGUUGUCCACAGUCAGAGCCGAAAGACGCGUCGCCAGAGCCACCUUCUGUUGAUGAUUACGCACCAGAGCCCACGCCACCUGAGCCAUACCCUGAGGAGUGUGCGCCAGAGGAUCCUGCUGAUAAGUCUCUAUAUCCUCCUGCGCCGCGCUCUCUUGACUAUUAUGCCGAGGAGCCUGCACCUGCAUCCGAACCAUGUCCUGUUGAGGAUUGCAUACCAGAGUCCACACCAUAUGAACCGUAUCCUGAGGAAUGCCUGCCGGAAGCUCCAGCUGAAUGGUCUCGUUCUCUGCCUAGGCCGUGUUCUGUUGAUGAUUAUUCCGACGAACCUGUACCCGAACCAUAUCCUGUCGAGGAUUACGUGCCAGAGCCCGCGCCACCUGAGCCGUACCUUGAAUACUCACAGGCAGAGCCUACAACUGAAGGGCUUCCAUCCCCCCCUGAGGAAAACCUUGUCAGAACGUCGACUGCCGCAAACUUGAUGGCAAACAUCAGCCUGUAUAACGAUUGGGAAGCCCUUUCAAAGAAAGGAAAAGUCAAAAGGCGAGGAAAGCUCAGGAAGAUGGGUCUUCCGGUUCCUACAUAG